CACUCUCUGUCCGUCUCAGUAAACUCCGCUGGGCUCCGCUGCGCGUCAAAACAUUGCGUCUCUGCAGGACCUGCCAGGGCCGGAGAGCGGAUGAAAUUUGCCCGGGGAAGGAAUGCGAAACAGCUUUUAGGAUUGGCAGUACCGAAAGGAAAACGAGGAAGUGCGACGUUUUAUUUAGGCUACGAGGAGAGACGUGUUUUUCCUCCCCUCAAAGGUGUUUACCUCCCGACCCACCGCCCACCACGGCCCUCACCUGUGUGUUGCGGUGCUUCCCCUGUGAGCCGACCUGGGCUGGCAGUCCCUUUUUGCACCGCCCGCCAACACCGCCCAUGGUCAGGAUGACGCGCUCCAAGACGUUCCAGGCAUACCUGCCGAGCUGCCAUCGGACGUACAGCUGCAUCCAUUGCCGAGCUCACCUGGCCAACCACGACGAGCUCAUCUCCAAGUCGUUCCAGGGCAGCCAGGGCAGAGCUUACCUGUUCAACUCAGUGGUGAAUGUUGGGUGUGGCCCUGCAGAGGAGAGAGUCCUGCUGACAGGCCUGCAUGCUGUGGCAGACAUCUACUGUGAGAACUGCAAGACCACUCUGGGCUGGAAAUACGAACACGCGUUCGAGAGCAGUCAGAAGUAUAAAGAGGGGAAGUUCAUCAUCGAGCUGGCCCAUAUGAUCAAGGACAACGGCUGGGAUUGAGGGGAGAGCAGCUGAGUGACGACCACAUCUGAGGGAAGGAAUGGAGGCACCGGGUGUUGAGGGGGUGUUUGUGUGCGGUGGGUGAGUGUGUGACUUUGGUUUGGCUGGUUUACCAUUAACCUCUGUAACUUACUGCCCAUCCCUUCCUAACCACACACACCUCUUGAUGUACACACACGCAUUACGCGUCGUAACAACCACCGACGUCCCAGACAUCCCAGCUUGCCAGGAGGAAGGACUAGGCUGCAUCCCAGCUAGCGGGACUAGAUGACUGGCCAGCAAUAGCUCAUCAGACAAGAUGUUACGUUUUGGUUUUAGUUUUAUAAAACACAAGCUCUAAAAAUCAGCUCCGCAAAACGUUCUCUCUGCUGUGUCCAUUAUUCUGCCUUGUCUGAAAACGCUGCAAGGUGUCCAUUGGCUCAGGCCGGCGGUUUACUUUGGUACUGGUUAAAAAUGUUCACCUCUGUGUCCCCAACAUGAAUCAGGUGUGACGGGAGAUUAAAAAAAAUUACUGAUCAGCUGAGGUCUGGGUCUGAGGAGCCCAGACAUGCAGGCUGUAGGACAGUUCUGUGUGCAGAGAUUGCCCCCCACUGGGCUGCUCCUUUGAGACGCUGAUCUAGAUCCAGUUACAUUGCUGCUUAAAUGGCUUCUGACUGGAACCCUUCAAUGCCUUGCCAGUGAUGCAGCCCAGGAUUAGCAGGGCGGGGCGAGAAGAUGGAAAGAUGCAGACGGAGAUGCACAAGGUGGUUCCAAAAGCUCUGCAAAAAGCAGCUCCUCUGGGUUAUAUUUUUGCUAAAAACCUUAGCGUUGUAAAGUGAUCAACUGAUCCUCCCAUCAAUGAGGUCCUGCUGCUGUUGAUGCAUCAAUGCUGUCUGGGAUUCUGGAAGAUCUAUGAACACUGUGAGUAAAGGUGAUGAGGCUCUGCAAGGUUUGAGAGCAGAGCUAGUGAUCGCUAGAAAUAGCCCCCCCCUCCGCUGUCAUCCAAAAAGCACUAAUGCAUGACUACAUGACCACAGAGGUAUGUACUGUCAAUGCCUAUUUGGACCUAUCAAUCUUAUUUUAAUUUUAUUUUUUUCAGUCUGGGAUCAAUGCUGUGAAACUGCUGUUACUCUGAUCUUCCAUCGCUGUCCUUAAAAAAAAAAAAAAAACAUGGAGCAACACUAUGAUGCAAACUUCCUUACUCACUUAUACAGCCGCCAUCAAAGGUUACAUGUCAUCUAAAAUGGCCCUGGUUUUAGGUUGGAAAAAAAAAGAAGUAAAUAAAAAAAA